UCUAUUGCCCUCAGUGUUUUCUGUGUUUUGUGUUUUUGUUUUGUUUGUUUUUUGUAUUGUGUGAGUUGUGUGUGUUUUCUGUGUUGUGUGUGUACUCUCGUGUAGUAAAUAGUCUCGUAUCACGUGACGCGGCGUCCAGCGGAACACCUCUCCCCGCGCGCACACGCCCUGCGCCUGCCCCCACACACCGCGCGCUCAUCCCGGGCUGCUCCAGGCGCACACACGGAGGACUCCCGGAGCAACACACCGCCUCGUACGUGUCCAGAAUGAGGUCGGGACUCGGGACAAACCUCAAACCAAACUUAUAACCGCGUGGGGGGAAAGUUUACGAGGCGACGUCGUGACGCUUUCUCGGCGCCAGAAUGGGGGGAAGACGCAGAGCUCCACCUGGACGCGACGAGGACUUCACCUUCGUCAGCCCCGUGGUCAAAUAUCUGCUCUUCAUUUUUAACUUUUUGUUUUGGAUCAUCUCUCUGGUGAUGGUGGCGAUCGGAGUGUACGCCCGGAUGAUGAAACACGCAGAGGCAGCGUUGGCGUGUCUGGCUGUGGACCCUGCAGUGAUGUUGAUGGUGGUCGGGGUCCUCAUGUUCUUCAUCACGUUCUGUGGAUGUGUGGGGUCCCUCAGAGAGAACAUCUGCCUCCUGCAAACGUUUUGCAUUUGCCUGACCAUCAUUUUCCUGCUCCAGCUCACAGCCGGCGUCUUGGGCUUCGUUUUCUCUGAUAAGGCUCGCAACAAAGUGACCCAGAUGAUCAAUAAAGCAAUCACCCACUACAGAGACGAUAUCGAUCUGCAGAACCUGAUCGACUUCGGGCAGCAGGAGUUUGGCUGCUGUGGAGGAGUGGCUUACACAGACUGGUCCCAGAACAUGUACUUUAACUGUAAAGAUGGAAACCCCAGUCGAGAACGCUGCUCCGUGCCCUUCUCCUGCUGCAUCGUCACCAAAGAAAAGGAGGUGAUCAACACCAUGUGUGGUCAGGGGAUGCAGGAUCUCGAUUAUGUGGAGGCCGGAGAGUUCAUCUACACAAACGGCUGCAUCGACAAACUGGUCAACUGGAUCCACAGUAACCUCUUCAUCCUCGGGGGCAUCGCUCUAGGGCUCGCCAUUCCACAGUUGGUGGGGAUUCUCCUCUCCCAGAUUCUCAUAAACCAAAUCAAAGACCAAAUCGAGCUCCAAAACUACAACCUGAAGCACCGCUCUGACCCCUGGAGAUGAGACAAGCCUCACAGCUACAUCUAAACAGGACUAUAGUAAUGCUUAAAGGUGCCAAACACUACACUCACGUAUGUUUGGUGACUAUUGAGGUUUUGCGUCUACGUCACAAAACCACGUGACCUGGUGUUGAUGCCGCCAUAUUGGAGGUCAAACUAUACAUCUGGACGAACGUGUAGUAUUUAUUUUGUGAUAAAAUUUGUAUUGAAUAAUAAUGGUUUUGACCUGUGUUGCUGUUGGAUGUUCUGGUCGGAGUCAAUCUGAUAAAGAAGGAGGCCAAAGUAUUUUUCUAUCGGAUCCCGGUUGAUAAAGAUCGCAGACAGAAGUGGAGAGCGGAUAUAAAAAGAGAGAGAUGGGAGCCCACUGAGUACAAUCGUCUGUGCAUGUGUUUCAUUUCUGGUGAGAGACCACUUCCACACAAAUGAAAAAGGCAUUUACAGUAAAUGAAAUGAUAGAUACCAAAAAUUAUCCACCACCCCCCGUCCUCACUUUCGUCGGCAAGGAAUCCCCCCUCUAUUUCCACUGUCCCAGGUAGCUCCGGUUCUGAUUUUGACCUCCAUUCUACUUACCCUGAGUGUUAUCAGGAACAGAUGUGAUGUUUGGUGAUCAACAAAGAUCUCACGCACCCCCGCUACAAAAUAUUUAUAAUCCUCUAACCCCAUGUAGUUUUUCAGUUCUUGGUUGGUGUAGGACGAUGUUGAAUGAAUUAAGUUGUUGUAAAUAUCUGGAUGCUAAAGAUAGGGCACAGAGCGAGCGUUGAUUAGACUGACAAACCGCUCCAUCGGAAUUAGAUCGCGAUCUUUUCCACAACCCAGGAGGACCGACUUUAGCGUUAUACCUUUCUAAUGAUGGCUGAUCUAAUGAGCUGGCGAUUUCGGAAAGUUGUAUGUCCACCCAUCCGUUUUCUUCCGCUUAUCCAGGGCUGGGUCGUGGGGGCAGCAGUCUAAGCAGGGACUCCCAGACUUCCCUCUCCCCAGACACGUCCUCCAGCUCCUCUAGGGGGACCCCGAGGUGUUCUCAGGCCAGCCCAGAGACAUAGUCCCUCCAGCGUGUCCUGGGUCUUCCCUGGGGCCUCCUUCCGGUGGGACAUGCCCGGAACACCUCCUGAGGGAGGCGCCCAGGAGGCAUCCGGAACAGAUGCCCGAGCCUCCUCAGCUGCUCUUCUUGACGUGGAGGAGCAGCGGGUGGAGCGAACUCCAAGUUCCUCCCGUGUGACUGAGCUCCUCACUCUAUCUCUAAGUGGCGCUCAGCCACCCUGCGGAGGAAACUCAUUUCGGCCACUUAUAUCCGUGAUCUCGUCCUUUCAGCUAUUUACCCAACGCUCAUGACCAUAGGUGAGGGCUGACCGGUAAAUCUCUUCACCACAACGGUCCGAUACAGCGACUGCAUCACUGCAGUCGCUGCACCGAUCCACCUGUCAAUCUCACGCUCCAUCCUCCCCUGAACAAGACCCUGAGAUACUUGAACUUCUCCACUUGAGGCAGGGACUCUCCACCCACACGGACAGGGCAAGCCACCUUUUUCCGGUCGAGAACCAUGACCUCGGACUUGGAAGAGCUGAUCCUCAUCCCAGCUGCUUCACACUCGGCUGCAAACUCUUCUGCAAUGUUUUAUGUUGUUUGCGCUGUUUAAAGUCGCCAUGAUUAUAUUGAAAUAAACUGAAUAAUCCCAGUCUUGACCUCCAGUAUGGCUGCCAAAACAUGAAAUCACUAUGACUGCCACAUCACGCAAAUCCUUACUUCAUAACUGUGGAUUUGUAAAUGAACAAAUUGUACCUCACAUGUGGAGAAAAAUGGCGCCAUCUUCUGGAAGAAAAGCUGCAGUUACAAAAACAUUUCUUCAAGCACGUUUUCCUUUUUUACAAACUUACAUACAACACUUUUUACUUACAUGUAGUGGAAUGAAAUAUUGAACAAAUUGGACUUCACAUCAAGAAGACCACGGACAAAUUUUCUAGUAGUAAUUCAAGAUGUAGUUAUGUUUUUUAACGUUUAAUUUUGUAACUUUUCUAGCGAAGUGCUCGUCAAAUGCUUUUGGAGAUGUUAUUACUUAGUCUGGAAUGUUUCACAGUAUGAUAUUAAACAUUUCUAUAGUCAUGAAAACCAAACUAGACCAGGUUACAGGUCAGAUCUGUGGAGAGGCGACCCCGCUUACAGUCAGAAUGCCUGUUUUUUAAGGUAUUUUUGAGCUAUUAAAAAAAAAAAACACCUGUAAUUGAAUAAAUCUAAGGUAGAGCUGUUCCAGGCAGAGUAAUGAGCAAGUGACGGACCCCCCAACCAAAAAGUUACACAAUGCACCUUUAGGAUUUUAUAUGAAAAGAUUAUUUUAAUUGUGAGUGUAAAUGCAACUUUUACUUGUUUUUUAUGUGUAAUUAAUGUCAAAAUAAUAUAAGGGGAAAGGGAUUCUGUUUGAAAUGUGACGUGGUUUUGGUCAAUAAUAAAUAUACUGGUUUAUAAUG